AGUGAUGAGGUGGAGUAAAACAAAAAAAAAUCAAAUUCGAUGGGAAGAAGCGCCAUCAUCAAGGGUUGCUUCUCUCUCAACCUUGUUCCUUUUCUCUUCUUUAUCUUCUUCACUUCUUCACUCGCCAACAAUGAUCAAUCUUCUCCUAUCACCCUCAAAGGUGUUGAUAUUGAAAGACCAACUUUGGAUGUAUCUCCUUCCUUGCUUCUGGGGCAGUCUAAUACUCAAGGUGCUAAAAACAUUAUGCGAUGUGAGCGCGUUCAAGUUUCUGGUAUCUCAAGAUUGAAGCUCGGAAGUUAUGCUAAUUCAUUGCAUGUUACUUUGGCUCCAUCUGUUGCGAUUCCUGAGAGAUUGCAUAACAAAAUUAAGGUUUGUUUUCAUAGGAAUAAUACUCUUGGAUGGUGUCAGUGUGAAAAGGAUGAAUGGAGGGGUGUACAGAAAGGGAUUUGGAGUGCAGUUAUGUCACCUUAUGAAACUAGAUAUGUUGAUGUCAAGAUCGAUUGUGAAAUACUGCGUUCAGUUACAGUUGCACUUAAAGAAGAUUUUCAGCAAUGGCGUCUCAUUAGUCUUGUAGUUGGAUUGAUACUGCUGCUGUUGGCUCCAAUUGUUAGCAGUUGGGUUCCAUUUUAUUAUAGCAGUUCAAUGGCUAUAGGAAUAUUUCUUGUCGUUAUAAUCAUUCUUUUUCAGGGUAUGAAAUUAUUGCCAACUGGAAGAAAAAAUUUCUUGUACAUUACCAUAUAUGGAUCAGUGCUUGGAGCUGGGUCAAUCCUUUUGCACCAAUUCUCUAUGAUCGUAAAUUCAAUUCUUCAGACUCUUGGGAUGAGUGAAGAGAUGCACAAUCCGGUUGCUCUUUCUGUACUACUGGGUAUCAUCUUGGCUGGAGCUGCUUUGGGCUACUGGAUUGUCAGGAAAUUUGUUAUUUCAAAAGAAGAUGGCAGUGUAGAUGCCGGGGUUGCUCAGUUUGUGAAAUGGGCAAUGCGCGUUAUUGGAACUACUUUUGUUUUGCAGAGCACUCUUGAUAAUACUCUUGCAGUUGGAGCCUUGGUCUUUUGUGGAGCUGUUUGCAAGCUUAUUUCUUCAAUACAAUUGCUUCAUGAAUGGUAUGAAACUUCAGAGAAUGAUGAUUAUUCACUGGAAUGGGUGAGAGGAACCCGUGGUCGGGCGGAAUUCCUUAGCAAGUCACCUCCUAAAGGAAAAAUGUGGAAUAGCCCUAAAAGUGGUUCUAAAGCAAAAAUGUGGAACAACCCUAAAAGGACGUCAUGGUCUGACUCUCCUGUGAGAGGUGUUGUAUCACCAUCUUCUGGGUUUUCGCCACAAACUUCUGGGACUCAAUCAGGGGAAAAUUAUUAUUCAACAUUCCACAAGACCGGCAACAGAAAGAAGUUCACAAAGGAAGAAUGGGAUGACUUCACGAGAGACUCAACAAAGCAAGCUUUAGCUGAAUGGGCAGCAUCUCCAGAAUUCACCGACUGGAUCGUUGACCAUGCAGAUCGGAUAAAACUGCUUCCGAGCGAGAGUUCGGAUGAGACAAUGGAGAGUGAAUCUGAUUCCACAGAGGCAGGAAGUGGAAAUGGAUUUUGGCUUUUUAAUUGGUAGUGAGUUGAGUAUGAUUAAGAAUGUACUGACCAGCAGAAAUUGAUUUAUUUUUCAUAGGGUUAGGUAACAGUAACGAGUGUAAUUUAGGUAGAAAUUCACGUUCUCUUAUUCUAACCAACAUGUAGAUAUUUUUCUUACUUUGCCUGGAUUUUCCAAACUGUAAGCCUGAACAAUCAUGUCAAAUCUAUGGUAAUUGAAUCGUUUUCUUUUGUCC